UACACUUAGGGCGAGCAACCUAGUCUCGGCUCUCCCAAGCCCUCCUACUUCCUUCUCGGUGGCUGCGAGGGCUAUGCAGUUGAGGGAUUCGGGCACUCAACAACAUAAAAAGAGAGGUGCCGAUAAACCAGCGGAGAAAGCACGCUGUGUCACGGGGCGCCGACGGUGCUGCAGAAAGGCCAUUUCCCACGACAAUCCUGCUAUGAUUGACAUACUCCAGAGGUAUCUUGGUCUCUCAAGCGCAGGUCUCAUCGGAUUGCAGUGUCUUCCUAUAUCGAAUGAACCAAGGAACACUUUUUGCAGUGAGGUAGCUGUAUGCUGUGAUGGCGUCCAAUUGUAAGCUCCCUUGAAGUUUUUCGACAAAAUUCUGCUCCAUGAAUAAAUUGGGACAGCUACGAUGGUGACCUCGUUCUGGAUUGCUCGAUGCUGAAUUCACGCACUCGAUCUAGCAGGUUCCCGCGCUGAUCGAUUCGUAACUUAGGCUCAGCUUCAUAGAAUUAUGUAUGUAGUCCCGCAACAGCAUAAAUCGUAUCAAAUAGAUGUUUGCGUAUCGAGUAUAGACUAGAGCAUUAUUACUCUUCAUCAGAAC